UGAUAUUAAUUAUUAGCUUUAAAUUUGCUACACUAGUAAAACUUACAUGAAACUUAAACAAAUCUAACGCACCGCAUUGUGUGCAUGGCUUUAGUUUUUCAUUCGACAUUGACAAAGCUACGUAGAGAGAAACUGAAUUUGUUUCGAACGUGGAGUGGGAUUACUUUAGUCGUUAUAAAUUAUAAUUCUUCUGGUCAUUUGUGGGAACGUUGUUGAGUUGGAAAAAUUCGAGUUUUCAAUUAAUUUCCUUUUUAAAAUAACGAAGUUCUCUUCACAAUUGUGCAUUGUUGAAUACUUGUAUACUUUAUUCCACAAAUUCCAAAUUACAUUCAGUAUUCAUAAAAGUCAACUUCUUUGCAAUUGUUUUAUCAGAAGAAAUCAUAUACUAAUAAAAAUGGCAGGACCACUUCCACUGCUUUCGGAGGAACCGGCUUACCAAAAGCUACAACAAUUUUAUAAUGCUCAUGGCAAAGACAUUAAUAUGAAGGAGCUUUUCGCCCGAGAUACAAAUCGUUUUAAGAAGUACAGUUUGCGUAUUCAAACUCCCAAUGAUGGCGAAAUAUUGAUUGAUUACUCAAAGAACCGCAUUACGGAAGACGUAUGGCCCCUGCUACUUGACUUGGCAAAAGCCCGCAAAGUAACUGCUGCGCGCGAUGCUAUGUUCACGGGACAACCCAUCAAUAUUACAGAAAAUCGAGCAGUACUUCAUGUAGCGCUACGCAAUCGUGGAAAUGAACCUAUUCUUGUCGAUUGUAAUGAUGUCAUGCCAUUAGUGCGCGCUGAACUGUCACAUAUGAAAGAGUUCACUAAUCAAGUCAUAUCAGGCGUGUGGCGUGGAUGUACCGGCAAACAAAUCACCGAUGUGGUUAACAUCGGUAUUGGUGGCUCUGAUUUGGGUCCAUUAAUGGUGACCGAAGCACUUAAACCAUAUUGCAAGGGUUUGCGCUCUCAUUUUGUUUCGAAUAUUGAUGGUACACACUUAGCUGAAGUGCUAAAACGUGUCAACUAUGAGACUACACUAUUUAUUGUUGCGUCGAAAACAUUUACUACCCAAGAGACAAUAACUAAUGCAACAUCUGCAAAGAACUGGCUACUGGAGCACGCUAAAGAUCCUGCUGCUGUUGCUAAACAUUUCGUGGCUUUGUCUACCAAUAAGGAAAAGGUAACAGCUUUUGGUAUUGACAGUAAAAACAUGUUUGGUUUCUGGGAUUGGGUUGGUGGUCGUUACUCACUUUGGUCUGCCAUUGGUUUGUCCAUAUGUCUUUCAAUAGGUUUUGAGAAUUUCGAGCAAUUACUCGAAGGAGCCCAUUUCUUAGAUAAUCAUUUUCGGACAGCGCCUUUGGAGCAGAAUGCGCCAGUUAUAUUAGCACUAUUGGGUGUUUGGUAUUCGAACUUCUUCAACGCCGAGACACAAGCCUUGCUCCCUUAUGAUCAAUAUUUACAUCGCUUCGCUGCCUAUUUUCAGCAAGGCGAUAUGGAAAGUAAUGGAAAAUUCGUAACCAAGACCGACUCAAAGGUUGUCACUUACAAUACUGGGCCAAUCGUAUGGGGUGAACCUGGCACCAAUGGGCAGCAUGCCUUCUAUCAAUUGAUUCAUCAGGGAACUCGAUUAAUACCUUGUGAUUUUAUUGCGCCAGCUCAGUCACAGAACCCAAUUGCCGGCGGUGUUCAUCACAAAAUAUUAUUGGCAAACUUUUUGGCUCAAACCGAGGCUUUAAUGCAAGGGAAAACAACGGAACAAGCGCGUAUUGAACUCGAGGCGGCGGGUUUGUCUGGCGAGAAACUUGAUGCGCUCUUGCCACAUAAGACGUUUACUGGUAAUCGUCCAACCAACUCAAUUGUUGUAAAGAAAGUUACACCAUUCAUUUUGGGCGUCCUUAUUGCUUUAUAUGAACACAAGAUCUUUACUCAAGGAACAAUCUGGGAUAUUAACUCUUUCGACCAGUGGGGUGUGGAAUUAGGUAAACAAUUAGCUAAAGCAAUUGAACCAGAAUUGGCCACGCCAAAUGAAAUAACUACACACGAUGCGUCCACUAAUGGUCUCAUCAACUUCCUUAAAGCAAAUUGGUAAACUAAAUUGUGGACUAUUUCAAAAUAUACCACAUUAAACAUUUUCCAGCGGAAGAACAAAAGACCGAAAGCAUUUAAAAGCAUAAGAAUCAUUAAAAAAACAACUAUGAGAUCACACAAAAACAAAAAUUAUGUUAAACUAAAAUGAAACACUGCAGCUUAACAUAUGGUUUUCACCAGCAUGUUUAAUAAUAUUGAUUGAAACUUAUUAAAAUCUCAAUUUGUAUGUAUUAUGCUACAAAAUGCUUUUACUUGUGAACGCAUUAUAAAUUUAGAUUAGUUGUCAAACGCAAUGAUGUGGUUAGCGAAUAGAAGACACUUAAAAAUUGCUGUUAGACUCAUUCAGCCUAUUAGUAAAGUUACAUUCAGGUUUUGUUAACGUUUUAUCGUCUGCUGUUGUUGAAUGAUUAUUAUUAUUAAUGCCAUAAAGGAUUCUCUCAGUAUCCUGACAAAAAACACUAUUAGUAAUUGUUGUAUUGUAUGUAUAUCAAAAUAAAAAUAAAUUUGAUGUUAGCUGGAAAUACAA